UGAUUGAUCCUGUCUUUUUCUCUUAAUUAAGGUUAUGAUGCCAGUAUUUGCCAAUCUGAUUGCAAGAAUUAUGAAAACUCCGAGUUUGCCAAGCAGUGCGAUAAGAAAGGAGGAUUCUUUAAAUGCUGUGUUAGACGAGAUCAUGCAUUUUGUCAUGAAUGCAGAUUUUGCUGUACUUUACUGAUGUGUACUGUAAAGGAAGGCGAAAAAGGUGUUCAUACUUUUUUUUCUUCCAUCAAUCCUGAAAACCAGACUGUGAAUGUAUCCAAUGAUCCUGGGCUAGGACAGGCAAAAGAACUUUUCUUUCUGCUGAGUGCAAAAGAAGGGGAUUACAGGUGUUUGAAUCCGGACAGUGAUAAAGACCCAACUAAGUGGAAAAUAUAUGAUCCAGUAUUAUUAGCAAAUGCAACAACCAAGGAUGAACUAAAUAAGGUUCCCUCAUAUACUUUUAAAAUGAAUGAUAAUGUUGUAAAUCCUGAAUUAAUUAAACAAUUGACUGGAGAUGACUAUGAGAAGAAUUGGAAGAAAUAUUACGGAGUUGAUUUUGUGAGCAGGGGAGAAGACCUUGGGGAGGUUGUAUUAGAUUGCUAUAAGGCUCAAAAAAGUGACUUUGCCAAAAAUUGCAGAAAAAACAAAGGAUUAUUCAAAUGCUGUGCAUCUGGUUCGUCCUUUGAUACUUUUCAACAUCUCCGAAAAGCUGGAAACCUUUCAACAAGUGCUUAUGACAAAUUAUGCCCAAACAAGCUAUCGUGUAGAAUCUCUAUAUCACAUCACUUAUGUUCUUCAUUGGACCCAUUUACCAAUUUGGUUCAUUUAGAGUUUAAAACACCAAUAGAAGGAGACUUCUCUGGUAUUCUUAUUCCUAAUGCUGAGGCAAAUGUGGGAAUAGCAUCAAACACAACUUAUUUGGAUAUCAGACCUUCAGCAACGGAAUGUGUAAGAAUGGAUACAUGUUUGGAAAAUUAUGUAAUCUACAAUAACAUAUUAGAGUUUUUGAAAGCUAGUGAUAAGAAAUCCCUCUGUAAAUUAGAAGACAUGGAAUCACAUCCACCAGGGAACAUCACAAUACCAAAACACAUAAAGAAGAUUAACAACACUACAUCUGUCCAGGAGGUAGCUGAAACCUACUCAGAUUGCUUAAAGAGAAAAUAUCCCAGCUUCAGAAUUUGCCCAGAAAAAAUGUUUAAUGCUAAAAAAGCUAAUGAGGAUGGAUUCAUACUUUAUAAAUCAGCCAUGUCAAAAUUAUGGAAGAAGAACAAGAAAAAGAAAAAGGAAAAAAAGAAAAGUAAACGAAGAAAAAGCAAAAAGAAGAAGAGGAAAAACAAGAAAAAGAGAAAAAAAGAUGAAAAUAAGAAGAAAAGAAAGAAAAAGGUGAAGUGUUCUACAAAACACAAGAAAUGAAUAACAAAGUAAAUUUAAUAAAUAAAUACAAUUGUUAAAUUUAAAUGUGGAUUAUCAGCAUACAUUUGUACCCGAUGGGCGGAUUUUUGAUAACAAUUUGGUAACUAACAAUUUGGUAACUAACAUAUUGGUAACUAACAUUUUAGUAACUAACAAUUUGUCAAUUUGACAAUUUGGUAACCUCACAAUUUGGUUAUUUUAGGUUAAGACGAGUUCUGGGCCGAAAGCUGUGGCUAGGACAGGCUAGGAUGCUGAGCACUGUUGCCAUAUUUAUCAAAACUAAUGCAAUGAUAUCCGAUAUGUAGGGUUAAGACUUAGUUUAGGUUAAGACAAUAUCUGGGCCGAGCGCCUUAUUUAUCAAACUCAUAAAUUGUUAGCCAAAAUGUUGUGUUAGGUUAGGUUAAGACAAUUUCUGGGUCAAGCGCUGUAGCUAGAACAAGCUUACGGGUCGAGCACUGCGACCAUAUUUAGCAAUGCUAAAUAUAAUAAUACAAUGAUAUCCAAUGUGUAGGAUUACCGCCUUUUUUUAUCAAACUAAUAAAUUGAUAGCCGAUAUGUGGGGUUAAGACUUAGGUUAGGUUAAGACAAUAUCUGGGCCGAGCGCCUUAUUUAUUAAACUAAUAAAUUGAUAGCCGAAUUGUGGGGUUAGGUUAGUUUAAGACAAUUUUUGAGCCGAGUGUUGCGGUUAUGAAAGACUAAAGGGCAGAGUUUACAAACAGUUUUCGCGGGUUUUACAGAUAUAACUUUUUGAAUGCAACAAAUAAAAAUACAAACAAUGAUUGUGAAACAUAAGUUUCAAUUAUACAAAUUCUUACCUACCAAAUUGAUUGUUACCUAAUUGUCAGGUUACCAAAUUGUCAAGUUACCAAAUUGUUGGUUACCAAUUUGUUGGUUACCAAAUUGACCAAAUGUUUAGUUACCAAAUUUUCAGGUUACCAAAUGUUUAGUUGCCAAAAAUCCGCCCAUCAUUUACUUAUUCAGAAAAAUAGUAAACUUUCAAAUAAUUGAAAGUUGAUACACAUCUCCGUAUUUUCUAGGUUAAAAAUGACAAAUUUAUAAAUUGGAUUUAAAUGCUUCUACUCUCCUGAAAAAAUAUCACCAAAUCUGCAAAGAUAAAGUUCAUAAUUAUGUUUGCUAGACAUGUUUAACAGAAAUAAAUGAUUUGAUUUGC